AUGGAUGAGGACAGCCUGGAUGAGCUUACAGAGCGGACUGCACAGCCUGGUGGACACCUAUGGCCCAGCCCUGCUGGCCCGGCCAGUGAUGCUGAGGAGAGGAGUGAUGGGAACAGCGGGGACACUGGAGAUGACACGAGCAGUGAGCAUGGGGACAGCACUGAAGACAACGAGGACGAGAUGUCCGAGGACGAGGACCAGGGAGACAGAUCUGGUACGGAGGACUCUGAGGACGAGGUUGUGGUGCUUUCAGCCAACACUCAGAAGCAGCAGCCACCAGUAGGCCGAGUUCUCAGCUCUGAUGACGAAGCUGAGAGCUGCCCAAUUUGCCUCAAUGUGUUUCGAGACCAGGCUGUGGGGACCCCGGAGACCUGUGCCCACUACUUCUGCCUGGACUGCAUCCUGGAAUGGUCCAAGAAUGCCACCUCCUGCCCAGUGGAUCGCACGGUCUUUAAGUGCAUUUGUGUCCGAGCUCGACUUGGUGGGAAGAUCUUGAGAAAGAUCCCAGUGGAGAACACCCAAGCCCCCGAGGCUGAGGAGGAUGAUCCCACCUUCUGUGAGGUGUGUGGUCACAGUGACCGGGAGGACCGCCUUCUCCUGUGUGACCGCUGUGAUGCUGGGUACCACAUGGAAUGUCUAGACCCCCCACUCCAGGAGGUACCGGUGGAUGAGUGGUUCUGCCCCGAGUGUGCGGCUCCAGGCACUGGCUCUGGUGAGGCAAGCAACCACAUCAGUGAGGAGGAAGUCUCUCUGCUCUUGGCCGACGUGGUGCCUACCAGCAGCAGGCUGCGGCCCAGCACAGUACGCACCCGGGCUAUUGCCAGGACACGGCAGAGCGAGCGAGUGAGGGCCACUGUGAACCGGAACCGCAUCACCACUGCCAGGAGGAUCCAGCAUGUCCCAAGGUACCUGAUGUCGUCUCUGCUUGAUGAAACAAUUGAAGCAGUUGCUUCUGGGCUGAGCACGGCUGUAUAUCAGCGACCUUUGAGUCCCAGGGCACCGGUGCGACGCAAGAGAAAGACAGGAAGGCGGAAGAAAGUGUCAGGAAGAAGGAAAGGCCCAUCCAAAUCCUCUGUGAGAAGUAAGAGCUCUGGGGCCCGAUCCAGGAGACGCCAGGCACGUGUGAAGAAGAGGAAGGGGCUGAAGCUCAAGGUGCGUGUUACAGCCCGUGUUCGCAUCGCCAGGACGCUGGGCCUCCAGAGGCCAGUGCUGGGUACCUCCUUUCCAUCUGUAUACAGACCUGCUGAGCCCUCGCUGGGGCUGAUGAGGGCUGACAUUGGGGCUGCAUCACUGUCCUUGUUUGGAGAUCCUCACGAGCUGGACCCCUUCGACAGUGAAGAGAUCCCCACGCAACCGGCUUCUCCUCUGAGUGCCAAGCGGAGAGCCCUUUCCCAGUCAGCACUGCGCUCGCACCAGCCAGUAGCCCGGCCUGUCUCUGUGGCGCUUUCCAGGAGGGGUGUUCCUGCUGCUGCUGCCGCUCCAGAGCCCCAAGUGGAGGCCUCCCCUGUCCCCGACCUGCUGGGCAGCAUCCUUUGCAGCCAGAGUUUCCUAAUGAUGGGUAGUUCUGACAUUGUCAUCCACCGAGACGGCUCCCUCAGUGCCAAGCGGGCAGCUCCUGUGGCUCUCCAGCGCAGCUCCCUCAGCACAUCCAGUGGGACUGGAGCCUCUGGGGCUGCUGACCCGCAGCCCUCAGUGCUGCCCUCAGGAACCCCAGUGGGCGCUCUCACCAGGAGUGGGCCCGAGGGCUCUAUUCUUCCCUCUCACAGCGGGCCCGUCCUGGCGCCGGCCCCGGCCCCCAGAGCCCCUGCACAGCCAGCCAGGCCACCUGUGAGGCUGAGGCCCUCAGCACUCCCGAGCGCCACAGUCGUCCAAACUCAGAGCUUGGUCAGCAGUACUAGUGGCUCGUCUCAUGGUGUCCCACCCCAGUUUAAUGGAGACGGCAAACAUGCUGUCUCUCCAGGGUCCACAUCUCCCACAAUCACCAGUAGAAACUCUCACUCCUCAGCCAGGCCUACAGCAGUGGGGUGCCCCCUGAGGCCAGCUCCCAGGAGAAGGGACAUCUCUGAGCUACCCAGAAUACCAAAGAUCAAGAGAGAUGACAGCAGUGGACAAGUGGACUCAACCCCUUCCCGCGGGCAAGGGCAGAGUGUGGGCUUCCCCAGCUCCUGCAUCAGUCACCUGACAGGCAGGGAGGGCCCGGCACAGCCAGGCCGUGGGGUUCGUGCGGAAGGUCAGCCCAGGAGCCAGGGCCUGCAGGAGCCAGGGGCACCCCAGCCCACAGCCCCCAGUUCCCACAGCUGCCUGACCCCUGUUGGGGCCAUGAGGGGAAAGGGCAUGGGGUCGACUUUCGAGAGCUUUCGGAUUAAUAUUCCUGGGAACACAGCCCACUCCAGCCGCCUCCCUGGCCCUGGGUUCUGUAACACCUUCCGGCCUGUAGACAACAAGGUGCAGAGGAAGGAGAACCCAGCGCCUCUCUUCUCACUUAAAAAGCCCAAGCAGCUCAAGAGUGAGAUCUAUGACCCGUUUGAGCCCACGGGCUCUGAUUCCAGCUCCCCUGGCAGCAGCCCCGAGAGACUGGGCUCUGGCCUCCUGCCCUCAGAGAUCACCCGCACCAUCUCCAUCCACAGCCCCAAGGCGCCAGCCUGCCAGACUGUGCGCUGUGUCACCUCCUACACGGUCAGGGGUGCUUUCGGGGAGCCAGAGCCCGCCCGCGGGACACCGUCCAGUGCGCGGCGUCUCUGCCGCGGUGCAGGGGCCGAGGGGCCAGAGGCGGCCAGGCUCGGGGAGGAUGAGGACGUGGAGGACGCGCCCCGGCGCAGCGCAUUCUUCGACUCGGAGGCGCGCACCGUCACCUGCGUGGUGGAGCCCGAGGCGCCUGACAGCCCCGACCCACCUGCGGCCACCACGCACCGCAUUGUAGAGCUGCGCUCACCGUCCCCUCCCGACUCUGAGAGCAGCGCCUGCGGUCCGAAGGGGGCCCAGAGGGGCCAGGAGGCCACCAAGGAGCGGAGGAGGACACGGUCCCGCAGCCGCUCGGCGUCCCGAUCCCGCGAGAGGAGCUCUCGGUCAGCCUCGCCAGAGGCCAGUGAGCCCCCCACCAGGAAGCACCGGCCCAAGGCCCGCGCCCGGCGCUCCUCCAGCGAGGGCUCCAGCAGCCGGGACCGGGUCAGGCGCAAGAAGGCCAAGGCACGCGAGCGGAAGCGGGGCUCGGGGGGCCGGGCCCGGCGGAGGUCCCGCUCGCCCAGCGAGGGCAGCUCGGCCCACGAGCACCACGAGGGCAGGAAAAAGAGGGCGCGCCGCUCCAAGUCCCGAUCCCGGGGCCGCGAGGGCUCCCCACCCAGCAGCCUGGAGCGUCCGCGGAGGCACAAGCGCCGCCGGGAGCGGAGCCGCGAUCGGAAGGAUGGGGCCUCCCGUCCACGUGGGCGGCGGCGGUCCCGGGAGCGGAGCAAGUGGAGGGCCCGGUCGUCGAGCACAGAGCACAGGUUCCGGGAGCAGCGGCGGCCCCGGUCGCGCGACAGGCAGCCCCAGACCCGCUCCCCAGACAGGAAGCUGCCUGCCAAAGAGGCGUCCCCGCCGCCUGCGCACGAUGUGCCAGGGCAGGACCGUGAUCCCAACACUGGGCCGUCUGCCUCGGCCCAGCCAUUGGUGACAGCCACACCCUUGCCCCCGGUGCCCGCGGUUGAGGAAGGGGAGGCUCCUUCGGAGGCCCCCGCGGCGUCGGAGGCACCAGUGGAGAUGGUGCCUGAUGAUAUGGACUACGUGGACUCGGUGGAAGCGGGCCAUGUCUUCGACGAUUUCUCCAACGACACGGCCUUCUUCCAGCUAGACGACAUGAGCUCCCCACCCUCCCCCGAGAGCACCUCUGACUCCUCCCCAGAGCGGGCCCUGCCCAGCCCAGCCCCACCCGGGCCGCCACACAAUGUGGACCUGGACACCAGCCGAGCUCUGGCGGUUAUCCAGCGGGAGGUGUCCCUGAUCCACGGUGAUGACGACCCACAGACCCCAUCUCUGACAGAGGGCGCCCCGGACAGGGUUUCCCUUGGGCAAGAUGGGAUUGGGGACUGCGGAACAGUGGGCAUGGUGUCUACUGUGAAGGAGGUGGGGUCUAGAGUAGGCGAGGGGCCCAAGCUAGAGGAAGCCGCCCCUCAGACGUCCCUGCUGCGCUCAAAGGCACCGGUGAAGAGAGUCACUUGGAACCUUCUGGAGGAGGGGGCCAGCGAAGGCCGAGCAGAACACCUGCUGCCUUCCAGCCAGGCGCUUCCUGAACCUGUGUUCCCUGAGGUCGACCCUGCUCAGGUGUACAGCCCUGCCUUGCCCUCAAGUGGCCCACCCCAUGCACCAGUCAGCCAGCCCGGUGUCCAGAUUUUCCUGCCAAGCAGCCUCCCUUUGGCAGGCUGUGGGGGUGUCCAUGCCCAGGCCUCGGUUCCCACCACCCUGACCACAGUCUCAGAGCCAGUCCCAGUCCCCACAACCAAUGAUGUAGAGGAGAAAGCUGCUCCCAAACCCACAGUGGAGAAGGCCAAGAACGAGGAGUACAUGAAGAAGCUACACAUGCAGGAGCGUGCAGUGGAGGAAGUGAAGCUGGCCAUCAAGCCGUUCUACCAGAAGCGGGAGAUUACCAAGGAGGAGUACAAGGACAUUCUGCGCAAGGCCGUGCAGAAGAUCUGCCACAGCAAAAGCGGUGAGAUCAACCCCAUGAAGGUGGCCAACCUGGUGAAGGCCUACGUGGAGAAGUACAGGCACAUGCGCAAACACAAGAAGGCCGAGCCAGAGGAGGGGCCGCCUGCCCAGGAGGUGGAGAGCUGA